CUUAGAGGCUGCAUGUUGAUAUGCAGUUUCUGUUCUAGAAGUCUUAUGAACUGUCUGACUAAUUGUCAUAUUUUGAUUAGCUCACACCUGAUGUUGAGAUGAAUACAUGGCCGACAUUAUAAACCCGGAGAAUGAAGCAGAUCUGCAGUCUCAAAUUGAAGAGGUUGAGGCUCUUUCUUCCAUAUAUGGUGAUGAAUGGUGUGUUAUAGAUGAAGCAUCCAGAAUAUUUUGCAUCAAAGUCUCCAACGACAUGGAGGAACCAAAACUGACAGCGUGUUUACAGAUAAUUCUCCCACUCGAUUAUCCAAGCGCAGCUCCGCCCAUCUACCAGAUCAAUGCCUCAUGGUUGCGAGGCCCUGAGAGGGCCAAAUUGGCAAACAGCCUGGAAGACCUCUAUGUGGAGCAUGUAGGGGAGAGCAUCCUCUACCUGUGGGUGGAAAAAAUUAGAGAAUUCCUCGUGGAGAAACCUCAGAGCUCGGAAACAGUGGAUCAACCAGAAAAGGUGAACAUGACCGCUGAGGAAGAAGUAGAUGAUGAUGAAGACAUGCAAGACUUCAGGAAUCUCCGUCUGAACACAGAGAACGCACAUCUCUUCAUGGAUCAUGCAAAAGAUGAAGAGAUGCCUCCAAUAAAACAUGGAAACACCAUCACAGACCGACGCAGUACCUUCCAGCCUCACUUAGCACCUAUAGUGACUCCUAGACAGGUUAAAAUGGUCCUGGAGAAGCUGUACGAAAACAAGAAAAUCGCUAGUGCCACUCAUAACAUUUAUGCUUACAGAAUUUACUGCGAGGACAAGCACAGCUUCCUGCAGGACUGUGAAGACGAUGGCGAGACAGCAGCAGGAGGGAGAUUACUCCAUUUACUGCAGAUUCUGGAUGUGCGUAAUGUCAUCGUGGUUGUGUCUCGAUGGUAUGGUGGUAUUUUAUUGGGUCCCGAUCGCUUCAAACACAUCAAUAACUGUGCUAGAAACAUCCUGGUGGAGGAAGGAUACACUGCCUCCACGGAUGAGGCCACCAAAUCAGGAGGGAAGACCAAAAGGCCUAAAAAUAAGAAGACAAAAUGAAUUUCCCAAGAGGACUUUUAUUUUUUUUCUAAAUGGAUGAUUCAGAUGGAUCAAGGGGAAUGAAUUAGGGUUUAUUUAAAUUAG